GUGUGUGUGUGAGAGUCUGUCUGUCUAUGUGAGUGUGUGUGAGUGUGAGUGUGUGUGUGUGUGUGUGAGAGUGUGUGUGGAGGAGCUCGUGUUGAUUUCAAUGGGCUCGUCCGCGUCUCAUUCCCGGUUAACGGACAUUAACACAUGUAAAUAUGAGACAUGUCAGCAAACAGACGUGUCUCGGCAGUGAAUCAUGAUGACAGCGGCGCUUCAACACAGAGUUAUGCGGCCCGUCACAUCACUGCUGCUCGCCGUCUCAAUCACGCUCUCAUCUAACGUGUGGUCAGUGUGUGGUGAAUUUCAAGGAGUUUUUGGAGAUGAGUCUGCAGGUUACGGGCCUGUGUUUGAAGAUCAGCCUGUUGACACCAUCUAUCCUGAAGAAUCACCUGAGGAGAAAAUCACCAUGAGCUGCAGAGCACGAGCAAAUCCACCCGCCACAUACAGAUGGAAAUUAAACAGCACAGAUAUUUUGAUUCGUGACGGCAGUGACGAUCAUUAUAGACUGAUGGGGGGAAACCUCGUCAUCAGUGACCCCGACAGGAGCAAGCAUUCUGGGAAUUAUACCUGCGAGGCGACCAAUGAGUUCGGCACGGUGAUCAGUCAGAGAGCUUCAGUUCAGUUCGGAUAUUUGGACAUGUUCUCCACAGAUGAGCGAGAGGCGGUGUAUGUGAAGGAGGGGCAGGGGGCGGUGCUACUGUGUGCUCCGCCCCCACACUUCCCAGAAGAUCUGUCCUUCCGUUGGAUGCUCAAUGAGUUUCCAGAAUUCAUUCCUAUGGAUAAACGGCGUUUCGUGUCUCAGGCCACCGGAAACCUCUACAUCUCCACCGUCAGAGCGUCAGACAGCGGAAACUACUCGUGUUUCGUGUCGAGUCCGUCCAUCGCCAAGAGCGUCUUCAGUAAAUUCAUCCCGCUGGUGCCCAUCACUGAACGUUCUCUGCGCAAAUAUCCCGCUGAUAUUAAAGUGAAAUCUCCAGACACACACACACUCAUCGGACAGAACAUCACGCUCGAGUGUUUCGCUCUGGGAAAUCCGAUCCCUCAGAUCCGCUGGAGGAAGGUGGAUGGUGAACUUCCUGUUAAUCGUCAUGACAUCAGUAUGGCAGGAAGUCUCCUUCAUCUGUAUGACGUUCAGUAUGAAGACGAGGGUUUGUACGAGUGUGAAGCUGAUAACUCCAAAGGAAAAGACUGGCACAAACUUCAUCUCAUCGUAGAGGGAGCUCCUGAAUGGAUUGAGAAGAUCACGAGUUCAGAGAGAGAUAUCAAUAGUGAUUACAUCAUGUCCUGUCUCGCCAGCGGCAAACCCAAACCACACGUUCACUUCCUGAAGAACGGACGAACGUUCUCCAUGAAUCAUGAGAUUCGUUUGAAUCAGCUGUCGUUUGAUGAUUCAGGGAUGUAUCAGUGUUUCGCUGAGAACCGUCAUGGGGUGAUUUACACCAGCGCUGAACUCCGAGUGUUCGCUGGUGCUCCUUCAUUUGAGUUCAACCCCGUGAAGCCCAAAAUACUAGUUGCUAAAAACGGGCGAGUGGUGAUGGAGUGUAAACCCCGAGCGGCGCCGCGUCCGAACAUCUCCUGGAGUAAAGGAACUGAACUGCUGCAUAACUCCAGCAGGAUGUUCAUUUGGCCGGAUGGGAGUUUAGAGAUUGUAAACGUCACUAAAUCAGAUGAAGGCAAAUACACGUGUUUCGCUGAGAACGACAGAGGACGAGCAAACGGCACCGGAUCACUGUCAGUCACAGAUGCCACAAAGAUCACUCUCGCUCCAUCUAACCGUGAUGUCAGUGUCGGGGAGAGUACCACAAUGGAGUGUGCUGCAUCACAUGACCCGACCCUUGACCUCACCUUCAUCUGGUCACUCAACGCUCACGUCCUCGACCUCGACAGAGACAGAGAAUAUUACGAACACAAAAUGGAUAUAAAUCAGGACGGUCAGAUGGGGACGUCAAGCUGUGAGCUGUUGAUCAGAAACACACAGUUGAAGCAUGCGGGUCGAUACACCUGUACAGCACAGACACCUGUAGACAACAUCACCACAUCUGCUGAACUGGUGGUCAGAGGACCCCCAGGUCCUCCCGGAGGAGUGCGUGUGGAUGACGUGUUGAACAGCAGUGUGAGAGUCACAUGGAGUCACGGGACAGAUAAUCUUAGUCCGAUCUCAACAUACACUAUACAGUACAGAGACACCAGAACACAAGAUGACUGGAGAGACGCCAAAACCUCUCCAGUGAUUGUGGAGGGAAAUUCAGAAAUGGCGACGGUGGUGAAUCUCACACCGUGGACUGAAUAUGAGUUUCGGGUCAUUGCCACAAACACUCUUGGGACAGGACCGCCCAGUGACCCGUCACCCAAAACCACCACAAAACAAGCCAAGCCUGUGGUGGCCCCGUCAGACAUCAGUGGAGGAGGAGGAACCAGCAGAGAACUCACCAUCACAUGGACGCCCGUCCAGCCGCAGUAUUAUUACGGCAGUAACUUCGGUUACAUCAUCGCGUUCAGACCUCAUAAUGAGCACGAGUGGCUGAAGGUGACGGUCGCUGAUCCUCAGGCACAGAAAUACGUCCACAAAGACUCAAACAUCCCACCGGCCACUAAGUUUGAGGUGAAGAUGAAAGCGUUUAAUAGUCAGGGUGAAGGACCGUACAGCGUCAGCGCCUUUAUUUACUCUGCACAGGACGUUCUGUCAGACGCGCCCACAAUCGUGGAGGCGAGAACACUGUCAGCGACUGAAGCAAUCGUGUGGUGGAUCCCUGUUCAGUCACAGACUGUUGAAGGAUAUCAGGUGCGUUACUGGUGUAGUUCCACAGAGAACGAGGCGUCUGCUCAGCGUGUUCUUGUGUCCGGUCGAGAGAAUCACACGCGUCUGGAGAACAUGAAACCUGAUUCACAUUAUCUCAUCGAGGUGCGUGCGUACAAUGGUGCUGGAUACGGUCCCGCCGGCCAACGACACGAAAUCUACACCAAGAAACCUCCUCCUAACCGACCGCCCAAAAUAAUCGGCACGAAGAUGCACUCGAGUGGGACGUCAAUCAAUAUCGCGUGGGAGCACGUCAGAUCGAUGUCCAAUGAGUCUGCUGUUGUGGGUUACAAGGUGCUGUACAGACGUGAAGGUCAAAGUAAUGCUGUACUGUACACCACAGUGAAACAGUCCAUCGAUGUGCCCAUAAAGAAGGGGGAAUAUCUGGUGGAGGUGCGUGCUCACAGUGAGGGAGGAGACGGAGCCGUCGCACAAGUGCGCAUCACAGGUGGUGGCGUGCUGAUGGUUCAGUCUCUCAGUAUCGUCUCGCUGCUCAUCACGCUGAUGUUCAGUUUCAUUCUCUGAAUGUAGAGUCAUCAUGAUUCACUCACAGUGAAGAACUCUUUAACAUGAUGAGGCCUUCAGAUCGCAAACAACACACAAAUAUACAAAUAUUCCCAACCGGAAUACUAAAGACUUACAGAAUUCCAGAACGGAAAUGAACCGAGCGCACACAUGUUUAAUGUCAGAGACUCAUGAGACGUGUUCUGAACUGAUCGAUAUGCCUUAUAACAUCUCAAACUCUCAUCUAUUACUGAAGCGUGAGCUCUGAUUGGUGGAGGAGGACAUGACACAGGAAGUGCUUGUUCAAGUGCUCUAUAACAUUGUUAUAAAAGAUCAGUGUUUUGAGUGACUGAGAUAUGUCUCUGUGUGAUUUGUUGGCUUUAUUUCCUGUUUUCAGUCCAGAAGCACAUCUGUCUAUCGAUACAGUCAAAACAAACCAUCACCCCAUAAUUCCAAAUUCAUAAAAUUACAGUUUCAUCAUGCUUGAGAAUUAUAUAUACAGGUGCAUCUCAAUAAAUUAGAAU